UAAGGCACUGCUGCGUGAGCCAUUGACGUGUUUGGAGCUGGAGACGGCCUGGGUUCCUGUGUAACCGCAGUGAGAGGCUUCUGUUAGUGGCUGGAGUCGUCGGUCCCGGUGGGUAGGGGGAGGCUGGACCCUGCCAGCGGUCAGGCCAGUUGAUGGGUAUGUACGUACUCCUUGAUGUUCCGGCCCCUUCCUGUUACAAAGCAAAUCAAGACCUGAGAAGAGAGUUGCAGUUGGAGGAAACCAAGGAAUAAUAACUUGAGAGCUGUUUGGUUGCAGUAAGAAGAUUAGAAUGCCCAUUGUUACGAGGAGACUUAGAGACCCUGACAUAAAUCCUUGUUUGUCGGAAUCAGAUGCUUCUACCAGAUGUAUGGAUGAAAAUAAUUAUGACAGGGAGAUGUGUACCACUUCUUUCUUGAAGUACAAAAACUGCAGGAAAUUUUGGAAUGCCAUUAUGAUUGAAAGACGACGAAAUGGAGUUAAACCAAAUAUGCCCACAGCUACAGAAAGAGAAAAAAUCUUGGGAGCAAUGGGAAAGAUGCCCUAUUAAAGGCUUAUAUGCAGCAGUAUUGUUUCUUUGACUUCGUAUUUUGGAGCAGAUCUUUACAAAUGUAUUUAAUACAUUUUUAUUUUGAUAUCUGUGUUUCCAAGUAAUUUCUCUUCCUCUUUCCCCUCAUUCCCCCCUCCCCAACACUCCUCCAUAGUGUCUUCCUUAACUAUUUUUUUUCUUUUAAGUAACAGACCUGAUACAACUGUACCUUAUGUGACAGAGGAUAUAAUAUUCUGUACCCAAAUUUAGGAAUAAUUCUUUUAACUAUUUCUAGUUCCUUAUAAUAUGUCAGAUUGAAAAUAACUUGGUUAGUAUUUCAAGGGAACAUUACAUUAUUACUAAUGACAUGUACCUAUAAAUGUAAUGUUUCUUCUUUAUAGAGUGUUUUAUAUUUAUUAUUUUGAUCCUCUUAAAUCCUUCUAGGUUGGUACUAUGUGUAUUAAAUUCUCUAUUUUACAGAUUAGGAAACUCAGUCGUGGAAACUUGAUGGAAAUCAUUUAAGUAAUAAGAGAUUCUCACCUAAGUCUUUUGAUGUUCAAUCUUUUCUUCCAUGCUGCAUCUGAAAGUAAUCUCAGAAGCUAAAUUGGAAAGAGACCUCACAGACUGCCCAAUUGAAACUGGAUCUCAACAGGAAUCACUUCAACAAAGACUUUUCUUUUUGUCCUGUUAUUUAGAAGAUAAUCCAGAUAAUAUAUAUCACCGUGGUCUAUCCAGUAAUUACUGUUUUCUUUCCUGUUCUGAUGAAUUUUUUCAAACAAAAUCACAUGAAGUUUAGUCCACAGCCACUCACAUUGUUUAUGUAUUGUUGGCAUUGUAGGCAGGAUGGAAAAGUCAAGGGCUUCCCUCCUCCAUUCCCAACCCUCAUCAGUUAACUCAGUUUAACACAUUCUUUUCCUACCUUCAAACAUCCCAGUUAGCCUUGGUUAAGAAAGCUUUUAAACAAAGAUUCAGGAGAGAAAACAGGAGAGAAGUGUAGAUGAUGAAGCUAUGUGAUUGAUAAAUUCAACCCUGUUCUUCUACUAACUUACUAGAGGACACUGAGUAAGCCGUUUUGAAUCUGGUCCCCCCUUUUCCCAUUUAUCUCUCACCCUGCUCGCCCACAAAUUUUAAAGAUCUGUGAAAUGAAGAUGUCAUACUAGGUGAUUUAAAACUUAAGUUUCAAUAAUAUCAUUUCAGCCUGGGUUUGAAACAGUGAGGCCUUACUCCCAGGUCAAUUAUAAAGCAAUCUUGAACUAAAAUGUAGUUAGGGAAGGAAGAAGUGAAUAAAGAUUUAUAUAGCACCUA